UGCGUCCUGUCAACCGACAACGAUAAACGAGUGUAACAUCCUCAAAAGACCCCAACCCGACUCAUACUACCGCCUUCUCUCGCUUAGAUAUCCAUAGACUUUCAACCCUAAAGCUGUAAGAAUAGACAGGUUAAAGGCUCUGCCUUUGAAUUUUAAACACCCCUCCUCGAUUACCGAACUGAUAGUACAGCUUACUACAACCCCUGACCUUCACCAGUCUGUCGAAGACAACAUCUCAGCGUCCAUGAUUCUCUUAUCCCGGCGCCACCAGUCGAGCUCCCAACCUCAAUAUGGCUGCGGCCGCGUUUAUAGAAUCAUGCGCAAGCGCGACAAGAGACGGGUUUGGCCGGCCAAAGACCCGGCCUUCCAUCACGACAACGACUCUGCAGUGGGAUGAACUAGACCUGCAACCUCGACUGGAGCUUAUUUCGAGAGCAUGGCUUUUGGUGGCGACGGUAUUGAAAUCGGAACUGCGCUGUAGGUAUAAUCAGAAGGUCAUCCACCAUGCUAUUCCCAAGCCACUGGUGCUGCCUGACUCCACACCGAAACGAUCGCGACGAUUAUCGAAGCAUUGUGACGAAGAUCCCCUCCUUUUUGAACCCCUAAUUGAUCCAGCUCGAACUGGUGAGGCUGCCCGUCAGCGAGACCACUCUAACUUAGUGAAUAACUACCUCCCCCCACCGAACAACGCUCGGCGUCGUGCACAGCGAAGAGAUUCACUAAUCGGCGAUCCGGCAACCGAGCCUUACUUAAAUCUUUUAUCAGAGGAUGGCUUUAUCCAACACUCCAAAAAGAACAAGAAGAAGGCACAGAACUUCGAUUGGAACCAGGCAGUGAAAAAAAAUGACGGCAGGGCAGGCGGUGCCGAUGGAGGUGACGGCGAUCAAAACGAUGAUUCAGGAAACACCGGUGGAGGUGCGAGUGGUGAUGGCAAUGGCAGUGGUAAGGGUAACGAUGAUGAUAAGGACAAGGAUAAGGGUAAGGAUAGGAAUGACAAUGAAGACAAGGAGAAAGAAGAAAAAAAAGAGGAAGAAAAGGAGAAGGAGAAAGAGAAGGAUAAAAAGGACGACACGGCCGACACAAAACUAGACGGUAGCAUGGCUGCUGCUGAGACUGUUGGUAGCAAGAAAAAGAAGAAGGGGAAGACCCAGGUCGAAGAGAAGGUUGAGUCGUUUGAAGUACCAAGUAAGCCCGACGCCUUCCAGGACAUCAAGUUGGAUGAGCCCGUGAGGACGUCUUUGGACGUCAGUUUUAGGGGUAGUAGUACUACUACACCCGAGCCUAAGUCCAACUUGUUUGGUACGUGGCGUGGUGGCUGGGGUAGUGGUCUCGGGGGCCUAUUUGGGUCCAAAGACGCUGACCACUCCAAAGAUAAAGAAGAGAAGGAGGAGAAAAAGGAAGAGGCGAACGCCAGUGCGUGGAGCAUUGAUGGACCCAAGCCUAAGAAGAAGGAUAAGACAGGAUUCGGACUCGGAUCUUUUGACCAAACAGAGGAUAAAGCUGAAGCGCCCAUCUCUAAGAGGAAGUCUGAGGAGAAGUCCGAGAAUUUUGACCUCGGCCUAGGUUCAGCUAAGAAGGACAAGAACAAGAAGAAGAGCAGCGCCUGGGACCCCGAGCCCCUGCCCGAGGAGGAGAUACCAGCCGCUCAAAGCAAGGAAUUAGGGUCAACUGCGCUCGAUGACAACUGGGGAAGCCCCUGGGAAACAACCACUACUGCUGCUAAGAAAAAGGGCAAGAAGGGUUCUGCUGUCGUAGCGCAUGAGCCUGAGAAGACUGAGCCUAUAGUCAAUGCUGUUAAUAUCGCCCCUGCCGCCAUCGACUUGCUUGUCCCACCAUCUAAGAAAGAUAAGAAAAAGAAGAAAGGUGCCAUCGAGGAAAACCCCGAGCCCGAGCCCCCAGCACCGGAGCUAGAGCUAGAGCCGGAACCAGAGCCUGCGAAAGAGGAAAACCCCUGGAGCGACACAAUUGGGACGUCCUCUAAGAAAAGCAAGAAGAAGGGAAUUGAAACACCUAAGGGGUCUGACCCGCCUGUUCCUGGUCCAGAACAUGAGACUUUGACUCUUGAGAGUGGCUGGGGCUGGGGCGUAAAGGACAAAAAGAAGGGUAAGAUCGCAGAGGUUUCGAAGGUAGAAGAGUUAACCCCGCCGUCUGAACCUACAAACAAGGAGGAAGACAAUUUUUGGGACUCCACGACUACGAAGAAAGACAAGAAAAAGAAAGGUAAAACUACAACUACCACGCCGGAGCCUGUCGUUGAGAUAAUAGAGGAGAAAGCCGAGCCCGAGUCCAAACCCAAGCCUAAGCACGAUGAUCCUUGGGAGGUUUUCGGAGUCACCAAGAAAGACAGGAAGAAGAAGACGAAAGACCCUGAACCUGAGCCUAUUCCAGAGCCAGUAGUUGAGCCUGAGCAUGAACCCGAGAAGGAGAACGACUGGGCGAAUUCGGAUGUACCUAUAACCAAGAAGAAGAGCAAAAAGAGCAAAGGUGCCGAGGAAAUUAAGGAGCCUGAGCCAGUGCCGGCACCAGAGCUCCCAACAGAGCCAGAGAAGAAGGAAGACGACCGGGGUAUUUUCGGUAAAUUGAUCAAGAAGGACAAGAAAAAGAAGAACGUCGUUGCAGAUGAGCUAUUUGAAGAGAUCCCCAAGGAGCCUGAACCUGAGCCGGAGCCCCCGAAGAAGGAAACUGACGAUUUCCCAUCUUUUACAACUACAACGAAGGAGAAGAAAAAGAAGAAGAAAGGUGCGACGGAGCCGGAACCCCCAGAGCCUAUCCCAGAGCCAGCGCAAGAGCCGGAGCCGGAGCCGGAACUAGAACUAGAACAAGAGCCUAUAAAAGAAACCAAACCUGCGGAUGACGAUCUUUGGGGGUUGUUUGGCGUUGCCUCAAAAAAGGACAAGAAAAAAAAGAAGAAAACUGCCGCAGAAGAACCCCCUAAAGAGCCGGAGUUUAUUCCCGAACCUACACCAGAACCAGAACCAGAACGAGAAAAAGUCGAGCCUACUAACGACUGGGCUGUAUGGGGCACCUCAAGUAAGGACCUAGGCAAGGGUAAAAAGAAAAAGAGCAUCUUACUUGAGCUUGCUCUCAAAAAGUCAGAGUCGGAACUAAAGCCAGAAGUACUUCCCACUCAAAAUGAUGAUGACGCGUGGGGCCUCGGCGCCUCUAAGGAGAAAAAGAAGAAGAGCAAAGCCACCACUAUCCUGGAAAAGCCACCCAAGGAAGAGGAAGUGACACCACCAGCUUCAUCUACCUCUGAGCCAGAACCCGAACGGGAUCCCGCUUCUACUUCAGCUACUGAGCAACCGAGCGCUUGGAGCUUUUGGGGUGCUGCCAAGAAGCCCGCCAAGAAAGCGAAGGAGGAGUCUCCCAUUGAUGAAGGUAACGAAGGUUGGCUGGGCUGGGGUAAGAAGAAAAUCCAGGCUUCAACGGCUCUUGUAGAAGCCAAUACAGAUCCAGAGUAUGAAGACUCGGAACCACGGCCUGCCGUACCUGAAGCCGAUGACUUCUGGGGUAGUUUCACAGCCGACAAGGAUAAAAAUGAAAAUAAUCUGAUGCCGGACUCGAUCGAAGAGCCUAAGAAUGACGACCCCUGGACUAGCAGAUUAAAGAAAGAUAAAAAGAAGAAGGGCAGUAAGAACAUUCCAGUCGAGAUAGAGAAUGAGCCUCACCUUAACAGUGUCAAACCCGACUCAGUAGAAGAGAGUAGGGGUGGCAAUUUUGACGACGACGACUGGAAUUGGGGACUAAGCAAAGGCAAGAAGACAUCUCCACCCCCAGCACCCACACCACCUUCAUUGGAAAUGAGUAUGUCAGGCCAGGAACUGGAAGAGAAUGUCUGGGAUGACGCCAAAACUGGAGAAAACGAGGAAGAAAAGAGAGCAGCCGCGGAAUUGGCAAAUCAGAUUGCCGCCGAAGAAGAUGAACUGGCAAUGCUAACAACUAAGAGCAAGAAGAAGAAACUCUCUAAGUCUAGUCAGAGAAGAUUCGAUGAGCUCACUGCAAAUGCCAAACGUCGUGCUAAGGAGAAGGCUGCCAAAGAAGCUGAAGAGCUGGCCCAACGAGAGGCUGAAGAGCAGAGGGAACGAGAAGCUCAGGAACAAGCGGCGCGUGAAGCAGAAGAAGAGGAAGCUCGCGAGGCUGAGGAGCUAGCUAGGCGCGAACGCGAGGAAGCCGAAGCAGCUGCUAAGAAGAAGUCGAAAAAGAGCUCUAAGUCCGAGGAUAAAAAGUCUAAAUCCAGCAGCGCCAAGGAUAAAUUGUCUAAAAAAGAGAGGGAGAAAGAGAAGGAGCGGGAAAUAGAAAGAGAGAGGGAAGAGAGAGAGAGAGAGGAGAAAGAAAGGGAGGAGAGAGAGAGAGAAGAAGAGAAGGAAAAAGAUAAUAGCAGGGACGACGACGACGACCUGGAUCUCGAUAAUAUUGAUCUUGCUCCCGAACAGAUCGACGAGCUGUUGUCUGGCUUCUCAGCUCCCAAAAUACAACCUCAGCCUAAACCUAAGACCGAGACGUAUAAAUCUGAUGCAUUUUCAUUCUGGGGUGCUAGGGCGAAGAGCUCGUCACCCGAACCGCUUCCGGAAGAACCCCCCAUUGAGGAUGCACCAUCGUCCUCGAAGGCUCCCAUAACCGAUGAUGACUGGAUGGAGCCAAGGAAAGCUAAGGCCAAGAACGGUAAGCUUGCCGAAAAACUUAGGAAAUUCGAACCGGCCAAAGAGGAAGACGAUGAUCUGAUUUACGGGCUGGCUGCGCCGCCGCCACGUGUUCGUGUCGCACCACCCGCCGAAGAAGAUAACAAAUUUAGGUCCUCUAGAGACAUACUCCCCGGGGGGUUUCCUGAUGAGGAUGAGAACGAAAUCAUCGAUAUCGUUGAUAUGGCGCCGGUUCAGAAGAAAAAGAAGAGCAGUAAGAAGAGCAAAGCCAAGGCCGUCGAGGCGCCUCCUCCACCGCCUGAGGCUCCUAUUCCACCACCUCCUCCCGAAGUGCCCAUUCCCCCUCCAGCUGCCUCCGACGAGCCCCCGACACCGCCACCCGAGGUCAAGUCCUCUAGGAGAGACCGACCCAAGAUCAGCCGUGAAGGUAGUGCAUCAUGGGGAGUGUGGUCGGCAACACCUCACAAAGAGGAGAGGAGAUCCAAGCCGAGAUCCGAAGAGAAGAGGGCCCGGAAAGAGAAGGAAAAAUCAUCUUCUUCCAAGGGAUCGUCGUCAGAAAGGGACAAUAAAUACGAAGAGCACCCAGAGAAGAAACUGCCACCAGCUACCAAUCUGCGAACGAACAGUAUAUUCCAGAGCACCCCCCCUAUCUCGCGCUCCAUGUCGACCCGCGAUAAACGCUACAGUGCGAGCAAGUCGACUUCGCGUCGCCAUUCGGACGAUAUGGCAAAUGGACUAGUAUCGCCACCGCCUGAGGAAACACCUAUGAUGUCCUCCAAGGCUGCCAAGAUCUUCGGUGUUGACAAGAACGAAAAGAGUCGCGGCCGCAAGACCUCUAUGGCACGCGCCUUGGAUGAUGAGGAAAUCGUCAUGGUUGGAGCCGGUCACGUCCCUUCGAGCCCUGAGAAGUCGGCUCGUAGACGGCCAAAGCCCAAAACCGAGGACGAUGCGGUCAUGUUUGAUAUAGGAAACCCUGCCGAUGCAGUACCUCUCAAGCGAUCGAGCUCGAGUGCCAAGAAAGGCUUUGCUGGUCUUUUUGGGGGCCUUAGGUCCUCGAAUCCGCGCUCCGAAUCACGUCCCGAGCCGCGUCCCGAGCCACGUCGUCGCAGUACAUACUACACUGCGGACGACGAAGUUCGGCCUGAUAAGAGAGCUAGGCGGUCCACACGGGAUUAUCACGUUGUCGACGCAGAUGCGAUAGACGACGAGAGAGAGGCCCGCCGCGCAGCUCGCCGUGCCAGAAGGGCCGAAGAGAAGGCAGUAGAAGAAGCGCGUCUGGCGAAAGAAGAGGAAAGGCGCGAGAGGCGGAGAAGAUAUGAAGAGGAUGCUGAAGCUCGUAAACAAGCUGAACGCGAGGCCCGACGAACUGAGCGUAGGGCUGCCCGAGAACGCGAAGCAGAGCGCCUCGCAGUCGAAGCUAAAGAAGCUGAGAGGGCCGAACGACGUCGGCUUCGUAGACUUGAAAAGGAGGCUGCCGCCGCCGAGGAGAUGGAAGCAGAAGCUCGCCGCGCUGCCAGGGCUGAACGACGGCGACCACGCUACGCUGACGCUUCCGGGGACGAAGAAGAACGUCGACGGAGGAGACAUGAAGCCAGGCGUGCCGAAGAAAAGGCCAGUCGAAGACGUACCAUGCCGGUUGAGGAUUAUGUCUACCCUCAGGAAAGAUCUUCACGACAUGUUGUAGAUGAUCGUAAUCGUGAUCGUGAUCGUGAUCGUGAUCGCAGACGAAAUAAACCUGCGGUUUGGCCUCACUCGGGUACAGAUUCCUGGGUGAAGGAGCAUUCAGAGUCUGGACCACCCCCUGAGGAUGGCCCCACUACCGAUGCGCCUCCUGAGGACGACGAAGAAGCUCGCCGUGCUGCACGACGAGCACGCCGUCGCGCGAAGUAUGGUGAUGUUGAUGCGGAAAUGGAGGACGAUCGACGGCGCCGCCGCGCGCGCCACGAGGAACGGGAUCAACGAGACCAACGGGAUCGUCGAGAUCGUCGCGUGGGCGGUUCGGAUGGCAGUGGUGAUAAGAAUGGUGUCAAAGGUGGCCCGCGCGAAUCAUUCUUCACAGACUCGACACCUCGAAGCAGUUGGUGGAGGAAGCUUACUGGCUCUUGAGGAGCAGAGCUGGAGACUUGAUUGACAGAGUGAGACUGUACCGCCAUUGGUCACGGAAAUAUUUUCUUGGGCGUGUUUUUUUUUUUUUUUUUUCGUAAUAUACUCCUCACAAAACAA